UACAUGUUCAUUACAGUACUGACACAGAUGAGUCUAGCUGUAGCUCAGUUAUAAUAAAACUCUAUUGGCGAGGUGCGGCAUAAAAGAAGCACACGAACGGAGAAAAGGGGGAACAUUUACAAGGGGAAAUAAACACAUAUUGGUGGUAAACAUUAUCACUCCCUCCUAUAUAAAACGCCAGAAGAGGGAAUCAAUUGAGAGGGAGCGAGAGGAAAAAGAGCGCUGAAGGCAGCCCACUCAAUAGCCACUUAUUAGGCGAAUAGCCUACAUUCCAGUCGGAUUUGCGUACAUUAAUAAACCAUCAUAAGAAAUGUCUGCCCCAGCUGCUGCCGGCGCCCCCGCAGAUGGAGCGGCGCCCCCUCCCAACCUCACCAGCAACCGCCGCCUGCAACAGACACAGGCUCAGGUGGAUGAGGUGGUGGAUAUCAUGCGUGUAAACGUGGAUAAGGUUCUGGAGCGUGAUCAGAAGCUGUCAGAGCUGGAUGAUCGGGCCGAUGCUCUGCAGGCUGGAGCCUCACAGUUCGAGACCAGCGCUGCAAAACUCAAGAACAAGUAUUGGUGGAAGAAUGCCAAGAUGAUGAUUAUCCUGGGGCUGAUAUGUGCGAUUGUCCUCAUUGUCCUCAUCGUCUACUUCAGCACCUAAGAUGAGUGGCUCCUACCCCAGUCUGCAGUCAAGACUGCCCGCUUCCUUGCAACAGAAAAUUCUUUAAAUUGAUGAGGAAAUGAUCCACUAACGUUGAAUUCAUUAAAUUGCUCCUAAAUAGUCUCAAUAUGACCCUGCCCUGAACGCCCUGACCCCCUCCACCCCUGCUUCCACCGCCUCACCUCUGGACUCCUGUCAGUCUAUGUCCUGUUAAUCUGUGGACCUGCCUCCUUUGUAAAUACUUCCUGCUUUUCUAAUCUGUCGUUCAUACUCAGACUCCAAUACUUGUUGUGAUUGUUACCGAUGACAACAACAGGAAAGGAAAAUGAUGACCCUGGUGAUAAUUGUUAUAUACCAGACAUAUAUAUAGUUCUUUGUAGAGUUUUAUUCUGAUAUAAUGUUUUUGUAGGUUGUGUGUGGGUGUGCGUUUUGUAUUUUUGAAUUGUUGUAUUAAUUUGACUUAUGCUUCAGAUUUGAACUACUGCCUAUUAAUCAGAGUGUGUAUAUCUUGCACAUUCUCUCUCACUGUCUCUGCCUGUCUCUGGAUUUCUCUCUCUUGCUCUGUCUCACAUAGAGUAUAGGUGCAUCUUUGCACAGCGACAUAGUGUCCUUUAACCGAGGUACUUCAUCACUAUUCCCAUCCUCUUCUCCCAUCUUUUGCUUCUCCAUCACUUUCUCUCUUCUAUACCAUGUAGCCAUACUGUCUCUUCAGAAUCCUUUCACCCUUUCUCUUUGUCUUUGUUUCUGUUUCCCUGUCUGUUGUUUCCUAGUCAUAUACCUUCUCUUUUUAAACUACCAUUAGAAUUGGACCAAUGUCUGUAGAUGUUUUUUUGAUUUGACUUAGUGUCUUAUUUCGAGAACAUUCCUUAAUGGCAGUCUAGUACAAAUGCUGUCACUGUAGCACAUGUAUGUGUGAGUAUCUUUGAAAACAGAAAAUAGAUAGCCUGUAUAAAGUAACCGUAAAUAUUAUCGUAGAGAUCAAUAUAACAAGCCAGAGUGGGGAAAAUAACAAUAUUGAUAGAAAGGAGGGAAUAACUAGUUUUUGUAUGGUGGAUCAUAAUUUGAACCUGAUUCAUCUGUUCAUUUCAGCAACAUAAAAUUGCAUAAAGUUGCUGUGACAAUGGACCAAUCCUACAGAGAUGUCAUUACUAACUAAAUAAUCACAAUGACACAGUAAAAGCCUUAGUCUCUAAUCAAAACGUAUCACUUUAAUGGUCAAAUUGUUCCCAUCCACUCUUUAUUUUGUGUAGGGGGAAUGGCUGACUGAAAACGGUUAGGUGGUGUGAAAUGCACAAAGGACUUUGAUAUUGAUGGCGCUGUCUGACUGGUCAACAGAAUGACCGCUGUCUGACUGGUGAACAGAACGACCGCUGUCUGACUGGUCAACAGAAUGACCGCUGUCUGACUGGUGAACAGAAUGACCGGCAGAGAGAGAACCUCUUGCAGCAAAACCUCACCUAUUGAUGAGCACACACACAGACAACUCAGCCUUAUUUGAAAGUGAAGGUACAAGUAUUAAGAUAGAUGAAGCAACUGGCAUAGACAAACAGUAGUAGAACAAGAGGAUCUAGAGAAAGGGUACCAGCUUCAUCGACAGAUUCAGAGUUGCUGUAAAACUUAAGUGAACAUUCCUAGAAAUGUCAUGAAAAACGUCUUAGCAUUCCAGCACACAAGAUAGAGUGAGCGUUUAGCUAGUGCUGUGGUUCUCUCUCUUUCUUUCAUUUCUCCCUAGUUACUGCCUUUUUCUUUUUUAAACAUAGUAAUAGAGUAUAUUUUAUAUAGCAUAUUUUUGUGUUUGUGUGAAGCAGACAGGUAAAGAGGAAACUGAACUCAAGCAGGGCUUCACUAACUGCUGUGAGCAGUGAGCUCCUCUCUACCUUAUUGCGUGUAUGUGUCUUUUUGCGGUUUACCUCUGUAAGAUAAACACUGCCAAGAAACUAGG